UCCGAAUAAUUUACCUGUAUCUAUCCCAAGUUUCCCAAUGGAUUCAAGCGCACCCAAUCACCGCCCAAUCUUUGCAAACAAAAGAAUUAGGGCUCACAUCUCGAGGUGAGAAUUUUAUCAGAGACUCCUCUGCUCAUCCUUUUCUCCUCAAGUCUCAACCCACAAAUUCCCAAAUGGCGCCGCCUCCUGGUCCUUAUUCCGGUACCAGUACUCUAGCUCUGGUGGCUCGUGUUUCCGCCUUCUCUCUAGGGCUCGCUUACGGGAGCAUCAAGCUCAAGUAUCUCAAGGCGAAAGCUAAGUCUCAUCAGAAAGCUGAAGCCAAGGCACAUCACUGAAGGGGAGUGGUUAUGUAUCUCCUUUUUACCUUUGUGUUUGUUCAUGGCAAAUAAUGGAUUUCUGUCAAAAGUGCUUGUGGACCACGGUGCUCUGCAUAUAGCUUUGCAAUUUUGUAGAAGUUUUGUACUUUGUUCUGCAACUGGUCUAGUUCUUAAUAUUAGCAUUAUGCGAACAACGUGGGGAAGUGCCAUAUCAUAUGGACAUGGGAUAUUCUUCAGUUCCCCAAUUCAUAUUUCACUUGAUUAGAUCCGUUGGUAUCUCUUAGUUGCAUUGAUAUGAUGUGUGUAAAGUCGUUACUCUUCACUAUUGUGACACUUGUUCUGCCA